UCUAGGGCUGUAUAUAUAACACUCUAAAACACUGUCGCUAGGGUUUUAUCUCUUCCACCGAACCUCCUCAGCUUGCCUUCAUUUCUCAUUUAUCCUCUCAACGCAAAGAUGAAUGUGGAGAAGCUAAUGAAGAUGGCAGGUGCCGUUCGCACCGGUGGGAAAGGUAGCAUGAGAAGAAAGAAGAAGGCUGUGCAUAAAACAACCACCACAGAUGACAAAAGGCUUCAGAGCACUUUGAAGAGAAUAGGAGUAAACUCAAUACCAUCAAUUGAGGAAGUUAACAUUUUUAAGGAUGAAACAGUCAUUCAGUUCUUAAACCCCAAAGUUCAAGCUUCUAUUGGUGCCAACACAUGGGUAGUUAGCGGUACUCCUCAAACAAAGAACUUACAAGAUAUUCUCCCUGGAAUUCUCAACCAGCUAGGCACGGAUAAUUUGGAGAACUUGAAAAAGUUGGCGGAGCAGCUUCAGAAGCAAGCUCCAGGCGGUGCAGGUGAAGGCGCUGCUGCCACAUCAGCACAAGAGGAUGAUGAUGAAGUCCCAGAACUCGUUGCUGGUGAGACUUUUGAAGCUGCUGCUGAGGAAGGACAAAAAUCAUAAAUUAGUCAUUAAUCUGAGGUGCAUCAUAUUGCAUGUUUUGUUGCUCGUUGUAUUUGCAUUAUUGCUUAUCACCCCUUUUUAUUUAAGAAAAAAAAAUAUUUGGGUAUUUGUUUUGAUGUUUUUAUGUAACUUGUAGGGAUAUUUAUGAUGCUUUGCUCAUGGUUUUGUUCAUUUUCUA